GGAAGAGCGCGCUUCAUGUUUCACAGGCCUUUGCUAUUGUGGAACAUUUCUGCCCGGUUGCGUUUGGCUUCGAGAGUGACGAGAUCUGCAGCUCCACUCUCAGCCAGGGAUGCGCGCCCAGUUGGAUUCAGAUGCAUUCGAGUGAAGUCAACUUCAUUGCUACCGCCGCCUAAAGUUCGUUCUUUGAGGGCAACGAAAAAGAGAGCAAAUGAGAAGAUGCAGGAGUCAAUGUGCAUUGCGUUUGCAACUGCUGAGAUGUGCAGUCUUCAAAAGGUACAAGAGGCUUUACAACAAGACCACUCUUUCAUAGUUACGCACUUACCCGAAGAUGUAUGGAAUGCAGUUCAUGCUACAGUCAAGUCUGACGAAACACAACCCAGUGGGGACAUCUUCAUCUUCAGGUUUGGUACUGUAGUGUGUUGGAAUGUUUCACAAUCACAGCAGCAGAAAGUACUGAAACUUGUGACUGCUUGUCUUUCUGGUGCGUAUUCACCCAAAGCAGUUGAACAGGAAUCUGAAACAAUGGUUUUUGCGUACAAGAGCGGCCACUCUCGAUUACAUCAUGAUACAAUAUUAUUAGAUUCUAAUGUCCACGAAGAUAAACGUCUAUUGGAGAAAUAUGCUUUUUCUGAUGCUAUGUCACUAUCAGUGAAAUUAGGGAUGUGGGAGGCUGCACUUGACAAAUAUGUUGAAUCUAUUAUUUGGGUGCCUCAGACUCUGAAACUGGGACAAACCUUGAAGAUCUCUAGAAAACAGGUUCUACAGAAGACGGGUGAACUGAUUGCUCUUAGACAUGAAAUGAACUUGAUGCCUGAUGUCUCAGGAACACCUGACUUUUACUGGGAUCAUCAUGAACUGGAACUACUUUACCAACAAAUGUGCCGUCAUCUAGAUGUAUCACCUCGAAGGAAGAUUGUAAACGAGAAGCUGGACUAUUGCUCAGAACUGACUGAACUACUGAGAACACAUAUGGGUGAGCAGCACUCCAAUCGUCUUGAGUGGCUAAUCAUCAUCCUGAUUGCUGUUGAGGUACUAAUGGAUAUGCUCAAAGUUUCUAAUUGGUCCAAGUAGAGACUGCCAUGAUUGUUCUGUUGUCAAAUUUUCUUUGCAGUACAACUUUAAACUUCAAUACACUCAAUAGAUGACUUCUAUACGAAAGAAAUCAAUACUAUAGGGUACUGUCAACAAUGACAGAAGUCAAGUGUGUCACAUGUCUAGGGACGUUUUACAUACUGUGUAAUGAAUGAAUUAAUUAAUUAAUUAACUGAC